CCUCUGCAUAAAGGCACUCUAAAAGAGGCGGGAAAGGAUCAAACCCUACCUCCCUUCUUCCACUUAUUUCUCACAGUAAGCACAACUUCAAAGCGAUUUCUUCCGUUUCUGCAAAAUCAAAUGGGAAUAAAGGGUUUAACGAAGUUAUUGGCGGACAAUGCGCCGAAAUCGAUGAAAGAGCAGAAAUUCGAGAGCUAUUUUGGACGCAAGAUUGCCAUUGAUGCCAGCAUGAGCAUUUACCAAUUCCUUAUUGUUGUUGGAAGAAGUGGCACUGAGAUGCUCACCAACGAAGCUGGUGAAGUGACUAGCCAUUUGCAAGGGAUGUUCACAAGGACAAUCAGACUUUUGGAAGCUGGAAUUAAACCAGUCUAUGUCUUUGAUGGAAAGCCUCCUGAUCUGAAGAAACAGGAACUUGCAAAACGAUACUCAAAAAGAGCUGAUGCUACUGAGGACCUAAGUGAUGCUUUAGAGACUGGGAACAAGGAGGAUAUUGAAAAAUUCAGUAAAAGAACAGUGAAGGUUACAAAACAACACAACGAAGACUGCAAAAAGCUUCUUAAACUUAUGGGAGUCCCAGUGAUUGAGGCUCCUUCUGAAGCAGAAGCGCAGUGUGCCGAACUUUGCAAAGCUGGCAAGGUUUAUGCCGUGGCUUCUGAGGACAUGGACUCCCUCACUUUCGGAGCUCCAAGAUUUCUGCGCCAUUUAAUGGAUCCUAGUUCGAAAAAAAUCCCAGUGAUGGAAUUUGAAGUCUCAAAGGUUUUGGAGGAACUGAACCUAACAAUGGAUCAAUUUAUAGACCUUUGCAUUCUCUCUGGUUGUGAUUACUGUGACAGCAUUCGAGGUAUUGGGGGACAGACUGCUUUGAAACUGAUUCGCCAACAUGGCUCGAUUGAGAACAUUCUAGAGAAUAUUAAUAAAGAAAGAUACCAAAUACCAGAUGAUUGGCCAUAUCAAGAGGCUCGAAGGCUCUUUAAGGAACCAUCAGUUUUUGCUGAUGAUGAUCAACUUGAGCUUAAGUGGUCUCCUCCAGAUGAAGAAGGGUUGAUAAGCUUUUUGGUAAAUGAAAAUGGGUUCAACAGUGACAGAGUAACUAAGGCGAUAGAAAAGAUUAAGGCAGCCAAGAAUAAAUCGUCCCAGGGCCGGUUAGAAUCGUUCUUUAAACCAGUUGCUAACUCAUCAGUGCCUGCUAAACGAAAGGAGACAACUCAGAAAACUGAGAAGGAAUCUGCUAACAAAAAGACCAAGGCUGGGGCGGGUAAGAAGAAGAAGUAGUAGCAGUCCUUGAAUUGGAAGUUGAAGUCUUGUGCGCAUUUCCAAGUGCCAAAUCUGACUAAUGUCUAAUCUAGCAACCUUUGUGUAAGCCUUUAGGAUUUGUUAGUAUAUACAAGUCUUUUUUGUGUAUUAAUCUAUUCCAUGUUAAUGUCAUUUAUGAGUUAAUUCAUUA